AUGGAGGAUUUACAGAUUCAUUCGAGGAGCUACAUUGUGCGAUGGGUCCACGUCAACGAAGGACAUUCAAUAGGCUGGAGCGUACAGCCGCACAAGAAAAGCAUCAACUUCGGCAUCUUCAAGCAUCCCGGCACAAAGAAUGGACUCGCUCCUGGCAUGCCCACCUCGUCCUCGGCAACACUGGAACCACCACCUAGCGCCCACAGCAAUGACGAUGCCGCAAGUGAGGGAAAGAAGAGAAGAGGCUCGGUGGCCAAGCACGAGGCUAGCACCGUCAUGGAAAAGCUGCACAACAUCGGCUUGCGCUGUGUCGAGUGGAUUGGCAAUUGCGAGGCUGAUAAGGUCAGAGUGGGCACGUAUGAUGUCGCGCCUGGGCAGGGAGGCAUGUAUGGCUUGGUCUUUGACAACACCUUCAGCAAAACCGUGUCCAAGACUGCGACUCUCGUGCUCAUGACGCAUCCGACAAACGCUCCACCGAAAUCGAGAGCUCAGCUCAAAGCGCAACCGAGUACGCCGAAUCUGAAAUGCAGUCCGAGGAUUGCGCCUUCGCCUGGCGCAUCCGUCGAGAGCUUGGGGAAAGAAUUGGAGAAUAAUACACAAGCCGCGAAAGGGCAGAGGAGUUCAUUCCACAAGUCGCUGGCGCCGCAUGAUAUCCACACCGGUACGCUGUACAAGCGACGCAGAAAGAAGGGCCAGGGUUAUGCUCGCCGUUUCUUCUCGCUCGACUUUACUUCGGGCACUCUGUCGUAUUAUCGCAAUAGCCACGCUUCGGCUUUGCGUGGAGCUGUACCUCUGUCGCUGGUCGCUGUUGGUGCUGAUUCAAAGACUCGCGAGUUCUCUGUCGAUUCUGGUGCCGAGGUCUGGCAUCUUCGUGCUGGUAACAACAAGGAUUUCGAGGAGUGGAGGGAGGUGCUUGAACGUGCUUCGGCUACUGCUGUUUCUGGUCCUUCGACUCCGGCUGUGUUUACCCAAGGAAGAAAUCCUUUCCCCGGCGCUUCGGACGCAGUCACCUCAGUUGAGUGGGAGCGUGCAGAAGAGAUUGUCAGCAGGAUUUCUGGCUCUCGCGAUGCUUUGAGACGCCUGGCACAGGAUACCGACGUCAAAAUUUCGCCAUCUGUUGUAGCAGCAGCAUCACCUAGUGCUUCCUCGGUCGAAUCAUUUGCCAACCCAUUCUUUGCAGAAAGCGACACAGCUUCUGUUUCUGCUCCUUCUGAGAGACUCCCAUUCUGGAAACGCAAGCCUAGUGCGGCUAGCAACAGCGCUUCGCCUGCCAUGUUCAUGCGCAAGACUUCGGGUCAACAACUCACUGUUCCUGACGGUUCUGGCUCGCCUUCGACUUCUCAUCCGACUUCUCCUGUGCCGAAUUACUCCAACAAGCAACCCAUCACUGCCUCUAUCACUAUGCAAGAGACUCACGAACGUUGCCUGGCUCUUCUUCGUGAUCUGGAUAAUGUGGUCAAUGACUUCUCUGCUCUGCUUGCUGAAUCCAAGGCUCGCCGUAUGCCCAUCAAUCCCAACUUGCUUGCUCCUGCUGCUUCACGCAUGUCUAUCGAUUCGGUGUCAUCGCAAGAAUUCUUCGACGCCGAAGAUGUUCCCUCUCAGCUCCUGUCUAUCAGAAGAUCGAGCGAGGCUACCAGGGAAGACGAUGAUCAAGACUUCCAGGAUGUCACUUCUAACGGCGGCGAUUCUGACACUAGCAGUGAUGUUGGAGAUGCCACCGAACUCUCAAACGAUACGGCUGGAGCUCCUUCGGAAACUUCUCUCUUCCCUACCAAACCUACACCAUUGACAUCCGCCCUGCCAAAGGUCACUUACAGAUCGACCAUAUCUCCACCAAAACAGCCUCCUCCGUCGUUGAUCGGCUUCCUUAGAAAGAAUGCUGGAAAAGACCUUAGUACUGUCAGCAUGCCUGUCACUGCCAACGAGCCGCUCUCUGCUCUUCAACGUCUCGCCGAACCUUUCGAGUCUGUCGAUCUACUACACAAAGCUUCAUCGCUAUCUUCGCCUGACAAGUCACUCGAUCGUCUAAUCUACGUCGCCGCCUUUGCCAUCUCUAACUUCGCCAGCAACCGCGUCAAGGAGAGAGCCAUUCGCAAACCAUUCAACCCCAUGCUCGGCGAGACCUACGAACUCGUCCGCUCCGAUCUCGGCUUCCGAUUUGUGUCCGAAAAAGUGUGCCAUCGACCCGUUCGCAUGGCCUUCCAGGCCGACGCUUUGGACUCCGCAUGGUCACUUUCUCAGUCUCAACAACCCACGCAGAAAUUCUGGGGCAAGAGUGCUGAGUUGAAUACGGAAGGCAAAGUAAGACUUAUUCUGCACAACGUGAAUGGCGAAAAAUACUCUUGGACACUGGCGACAUGUUUCUUGCGCAAUGUCAUUGCGGGCGAAAAAUACGUUGAGCCUGUAGAAAGCAUGACUAUCGUCAAUGAAACCACUGGUGCCAAAGCCGUUGCCACGUUCAAGGCUGGUGGACUCUUCUCCGGCAGAUCUGAGGAAGUCACUACACAAUUCUAUGAUACUACCUCUUCGUCACCACUUUCUUCCAUGUUGGUUGGUAAAUGGACCGAGAGCCUACAACGCACUGACACUGGCGAAACUAUCUGGACUGCUGGCCCUCUCGUCCCCAACGCACCUAAAGUCUACGGCUACACUUCUUUUGCUGCUUGUUUGAACCAACUCGACGAAAUCGACAAGAAAGCAAUUUCUUCCACUGAUUCACGACUUCGACCCGAUCAGCGUGCUCUAGAAGAUGGCAAAACAGAUGAAGCGGAAGCUUUGAAAGCUAGACUUGAGGAAAGACAAAGAGCACGCAGGAAGGUCUUGGAAUCUCAUGGUGUAGAGUGGAAACCUAGGUUCUUUGAGAUUGUCAAAGGCGAGGAAGGCGAUGAGGAGGUUUGGAGAUUGAGUACAGGGAAGAACGGGUAUUGGGAGUGCAGGGACAAGGGCGAGUGGAAGGAUGUUGAGACGGUUUUUGAGACGUAG